UAUUGAUUAGUGAAGGUACGCAGGGGCCGUGAAGGCAACACAACAUGGAAAACUUUGGUGUGACAGAAUGCAGAGAGUGCGCGCGGGUGUGAACACGACUCUGUGUGGGAUGGCAAGGUUCACUUGUUUAGUCUGAAAGGCGGUUAGUGGGUGGGAAACCCCGUCCUCAGGCGAGUUGAGCCGCCAUGGGGAUGCGGUUGUCUCGGAGCGGCAGCAGCCUGUCACUCCUCCCGGAGAGGCAGAGCUCUGAGCGGCGGGGAGAGGACAGAGACUCGGACAAUGAGUCUCUGGAUGGGCUCGGCAGACGGGAGGACAUAGCCCAGUUCCCAUACGUGGAGUUCACCGGCAGGGAUAGCAUAACGUGUCCGACAUGCCAAGGGACAGGACGGAUACCUUCCGAACAAGUGAAUGAACUGGUUGCACUGAUCCCAUACAGCGACCAAAGGCUGCAGCCCCAGAGAACGAAGCUGUACGUGGUCCUGUCGGUCGUGCUGUGCCUCCUGGCCUCUUCACUCGUGGCCUUCUUCCUCUUCCCUCGCUCUGUGGUUGUGGUGGAUGAUGGGAUACACUCGGUGACUGUGCGCUUCGACCACACCAAUAUGAAGGUCCUGAUGAACAUGACGAGCACACUGAACCUCAGCAACCCCAACUUCUUCUCGGUGCUGGUGCAGAGUGUCAACUGCCAGGUCCUCUACAUGAAGACGGUGAUCGGGACUCAGCAGCUGAACAACGUCACCACCAUCCUGCCGCUCAGUGAGAGUCGGGUCAACUACACUGUCAGUGUGGAGAUCGGCAGCAGCGCGCCCUACGUCUAUGCCUUCUGCACCAUGCCCAGCAUUAAGGUCCACAACAUUGUCGUAUAUAUGCAAACCGCAGUGAAAACCUCGUACAUGGUGCGAACAUCCCAGAACAGCCUGGAGGCCUAUCGCUACAUAGACUGCGGUUCCAACACCACGUACCACCGGACAGUCGAGAACCACAGGCACCUCUCCUCUACCCGCUCACCAGCCACAUCCCUCAGGCCCCCUCUGCCGUGAGAUUCCUGGAGAGGGAGGAAGAGGAGGGAGGAAGAGGAGGGAGGAAGAGGAGGGAGGAAGAGGUGGGAGAUGCUCCAGGAUGGAUUUUGCUCUGUUUUUGCAGACAAAACCAGCAGCAGCAAAAAAUACCAAACGGUGCUUUCUUUUAGGCUCACACAGAAUAGGUAACAUUAGUAGGUGAUGCUGUUUCCUGCAAGACUGUGGCAAGUGAAUGGUUUGUUUUUUUAACUGCACAUUGGUUUUCAUUGGACAGCCCAGAGGCAACAGGUUGGUUUUUACUUGCAUUAGUGCUGCUUCUGGUUGCCUGAACUCUCUAUUAUACACGUUUAAAAAGGCAGUUUGGCUGUUUCAGACACAGUCACAUGUUGCAGUGGUGAAAACGGAGUGACAGAUUGAACGAGUCAUUGCCAAAGAGUGCUCUGUGUUUGGAAGCAGGGCGAAUGGCAGACAGGGGAACAUUCCCAGCUGAAAAGUGCCACUGAGGGCAUUUUUGCCAUCGCUUUAAUUAACGCUGCAGAGCUCUGCCUGCGUCUGCUGCUGCUGUAACGUCAGGAGAGCAUUCUUCAGCAUAACUCGAAUGACUCGCGGUAUUGUAACACUGUAGAAGGAGCUGGCCUGCUGUUCCUACUUUGGAUUGAAUGCAGUCACAGGAGGGAUCAUUGAAUGACUGUUUUUGCACCUUUUGCUGUGUUAUUUACCUGUUUCUGACGUUAACAAACCCUAUUUACACAUUUAUCAUAUCACUGAUGUUUUUAGAUGAAUUGAUAAGUUAUUUCUCGGUACCUCUCAUCACAGCCAGUCUAAGCACACUGAUUUUAGAUUCAGGGUACAGGACCAUAGUGCCAUAGAGAGGAAUACUGUUAUCUGAUCCUAGUUAAUAAGUUCUUAGUCAUCACCACAGUGGCUUAUCAAUCUGCAAACCACUCUGCGGAGCAUUUCACAGCAGUAGGUACAUUAUCCCAGAGUCUGCUGGUGGAUGGAGGUUGAUUGAAGCUUUACAUCAUCAAGUGUUCUCAAAUGACUUCUGCUACAGUAUCUGCUGCGUAUUGAUUUGUCUGUCAUAAGGUUGACUUCACAUUAGAAACAAAGUGACUGAAAGCAAUAUUGAUUUAACUUUUAUAAAGGGACAGUUUGUAAAUUUAUGAAAGAUUUUACCAGUGUUUUUUAAAAAAAUACAGUAUAAGCUGUCAUGAUUGGUUCUAAAACAAUAUUAAAGGGAGUUGUAAAUAAAUAAAAUGAAUAAUGAACAACA